AUGAAGUGCGCUUCUUGCCUGGUGGAGCGUCCAGCUCUUAGGAGAUCAGUUAAUAGGCUGCCAUAUUGCAAAAAAUGCUUCGUCGAGGCUUUUGAAGACGAGGUGUACCAAGUGAUCCAAGAACAAAAACUCAUUGAAGAUGGAGAUGUUGUUUGCAUCGGAGUUUCAGGAGGCAAGGACUCAUCGGUACUAGCACAUGUUCUUGCCACUUUAAAAGAGCGAUAUAAACGAAAUUGGACGCUAGUGUUGCUUGCUGCCGACGAGGGAAUUAGGGGAUACCGUGAUGAUUCGCUCAAUGUAGUGAUGAACAUGAAAAAUCCCAACUACAAUGAGUUGAUGAUUCUGAACUUCAAAGAUAGGUUCGGAUUUACGAUGGAUGAAAUAGUAGCACUGAUCGGCCAAAAGAACAACUGCACAGUAUGCGGCACCUUCCGUAGACAAAUUCUAGAAAUCGGUGCAAGGCUACUUGGUGCCAACAAGCUCUGCACGGGACACAACCUGGACGAUAAUGCGGAGACCACACUACUUAACUUUUGUAGGAACGACCUGUUUAAACUUGCCAAGAGCCUAAACGAACGAGAAAAUACAUCCAUCGCAGCGGAUCUGCCUUGCGAACAUAAUGCAGAAUCUCGCCAGCACGAAGAAUCAAAAGUAAACAACGCCAAUGGAACGCCAUUUACACGCAUAAAACCCAUGAUGUAUUGCUAUGAAAAGGAAAUUGUGAUGUACGCUCGAUAUCUGAAACUGGAGUACUUCUCCACGGAAUGCUCGUAUGCACCGGAGGCAUACAGGGGGUAUAUGAGAACAUUCAUCAAACAAUUGGAGGCUGUGGAUCCACGGAUUAUACAGAACAUUGCCCACUCUUCACAGCAUUUAUAUGCACAUUAUCCAACUAAUCGGCAGCUUAAAAUGUGCAAAAAAUGUGGCAUAGAAGGUUUAAAUGAUCUCUGCAAGGCUUGCAUAACCGUAGAGAAGUUGUCAUCUCUUGCAAAAAAAUCGCAAGAUGGCUAA